AUGGAUUCGAGUAGUUCCCCAACCGCGGCUCAAGAUAUACACGCAGGCGCAGGCGAGCAGAACGCGCCGAUCACAGAAGACCAGCCCUUACACCUUCACUACAACCAGCCCUCCAAAGAAUGGUCCGAAGCCCUUCCCGUCGGCAACGGCCGCCUGGGUGCUAUGGUCCAUGGCCGAACGACCACCGAGCUACUACAACUUAAUGAGGACUCGGUUUGGUAUGGCGGACCGCAAGACCGUACGCCACGCGAUGCCUAUCGAAACCUUUCUCUGCUUCGGCAACUCGUCCGAGAGUGUCGGCAUGCCGAGGCCGAAGAGCUGGUCCGGACCGCAUUCUUCGCGUCGCCGGCGAGCAUGCGGCACUAUGAGCCCUUGGGUAACUGCUACUUCGAAUUUGGACACGGUGAUACAUCGGGAUAUCGAAUGAGGCUGAACCGUGUCAGCGAGUUCGAGUGGGAGACAAAUGAGUUUCUCGAUAGUGUUCGCGCGCAAGAGAAGCAAAUCGUGCUGAAAGCGACUCCUGGCGGGGAGCAUAGUAACCGGCUAGCUCUCGUCCUCGGCAUCAGCUGUGACGACGAUGUCCAGAGUUCUGUCGAGGCUGUGGGCAACUGUCUUGUUGUGACCUCUUCUGCAUGUACCAUAGCCAUUGGUGCCCAGACAACAUUCCGAGCAUCAGACUUCGAGAAGGCUGCUAUUAGUGAUGUCAAUAAUGCACUACGUCAGCCAUGGCAGGUGCUUCUUGACAGGCACGUUUCUGACUAUCAGUCACUCUUCGGCCGCGUUGAUCUCCGCAUGUGGCCGGAUGCCUCACACAUACCGACAGAUCAACGCAUCAAGAACCGCUGCGACCCGGGGCUUGUCGCUUUAUACCACAGUUUCGGGCGAUACCUACUGAUCUCGUGCAGCCGUGAUUCACACAAGCCACUGCCGGCUAACCUGCAAGGUCUUUGGAAUCCUUCUUUUGCACCACCGUGGGGAGCUAAGUUCACCAUCAACAUCAACAUUCAGAUGAACUACUGGCCCGUGGCUUCGUGCAAUCUGUAUGAGUGCGCCUUGCCAUUUGUUGACUUGUUGGAAAGGAUGGCAGAGAGAGGUCGAAAGACAGCGGAGACUAUGUAUGGGUGCAAAGGAUGGUGUGCCCACCACAACACGGACAUUUGGGCAGACACGGAUCCCCAGGACAAAUGGAUGCCAGCGACUUUGUGGCCGCUCGCAGGCGUCUGGGUCUGCGUUGACAUGAUGAAACUGGUGAGGGAACGGUAUGAUCGGAGCCUGCACGAGCGCCUCGCGCCGAUUCUCGAAGGCUGCGUCGAGUUCCUGCUUGACUUUCUUGUCCCAUCCGAGUGUGGGAAAUACCUCGUGACGAAUCCAUCCCUCUCGCCGGAGAACACAUUCGUGUCAAACGGCCAACAGGGCAUCCUCUGCGAGGGGUCAACAAUGGAUAUGGCGAUUAUAGACAUGGCCUUCGAGUACUUCUUGUGGACGGUCGAGAAGCUAUACGGAGGGUCUCAUCCUUUGGCUGAUAAAGUCGAGGAGGUGACACUGCCGCCAGUGCAAAUCAACGACAAAGGUCUCAUACAAGAAUGGGGACUAAAAGACCACGAUGAGCUUGAGCCAGGCCACAGACAUGUUUCGCAUCUCUUCGGCCUGUAUCCAGGCAAUACACUCCGCACCCAUGAGGAGAUGGAGGCUGCGAGGAAAGUACUUGAAAGGAGAGCAGCACAUGGGGGAGGACACACUGGAUGGAGCAGGGCGUGGCUGGUCAACUUGCACGCUCGCUUGAGAGAUUCCGAUGGUGCCGGGAAGCACGUGGAGCUUCUCCUGGGAUCCUCGACUCUCCCAAACAUGCUGGACAACCACCCUCCAUUUCAGAUCGACGGCAACUUCGGGGGAUGUGCAGGCAUCCUAGAAUGUCUUGCGAGGCGUUGGGAGCCGACUCUGUACGGUGCUGGUGUGACACUGCUACCAGCCUGUCCGAGAGAGUGGGAACAUGGAACACUGACAGGGCUCCACGUCCGUGAUGGCUGGACCAUCUCUUUCCAAUGGAAGGAUGGUAAGGUGAUUGAUCCUGUGACGGUUCGGAACUCUACUCAUGAUGGCUCCUCGAUGACUAUCAAAUAUCCGGAUGCGAAGAUUGCCGUUGUCCGAGGGUUUGGGGAGCACCGGAUAGUGCACGGUGAUCUGAAAGCCAGAGAAGGGGCAUGUGGGGAUUUUAGAUGA